AUGUGUCUCCGGGUGGACGCUGUGGCCACGGCACCGACCCAGCCGACGGCGCGGAGUACCCGCGUCUCAGGAAGAGGUUCCGGCGGGGCCUCCCCCGGGGCCUGUCCCGCGUCCACGGACCACGGAGCGCAGGAGCCGCCGCGCCCUCCCCGAGACAGCGUCCCGAGGCGCUCCACGGGAAGGGCCCAGCCGGGCGAGGGGAGCCCGGUCCCCGCACGGACCGCCCUGAGCCGCGGGGACGAGGAGGGACUCCCGGCUCCACCAGCGCCUGCCCCAGACGGGGACCCGGGACCCGGGACCCGGGACCCGCGAGGACCUGGAGCCCCGCCCGCGGCUGCCGGGAGGCGGACACGGCAGCCCCUCCAGAGCCGCCGCCCCGAGGCCGGGCGGCGCCCGGCCCCGAAGGGGAGCGCGUGUCCCGGAGGCCGCAGCCGGGGAGCUGCUCCGGGGAGGACUCGCCAGAGGCCAGUGACUCCGGCGGCCCCGCGCUGGCCUCCCGUCUGCGGAGCCGGUGAGCCGGACCCGGGAGCGCGGCUGGCUGCUCGCGGCCUUCGAUGGGGAGUGGACAGCUUCGAGGGUUGCUCCUGUGCCGGCGCGGGCCGCGCUGGGCUGCAUCCCCGCCGCACCUGCCUGCGCGGGCGCCUGGCACCGCGGGCGGGAGCUUCUGGCCGUGCUGGUCAACGUCCCCAAGGAGGCUCCGCUGCCUAACAGCAAGGCCGGGACCAGCAGGGCUGCACCGCCCUGCACGUGGCAGCCGUGUACCUUGGAGAUGGUGAAGCGGCUAGUGCGGACCUAGGACGCCGAUAUGGACAUUGGGGACUACACUGGGAAAAGGGCCUCCCAGUAUGUGAGUUAGAGCAUCGCAGAGGAGAUCCGAGAACCUGCUGGGAGCCCUGGACGAGGACGACGGGGAGAGCACCGCCAGCAGCGGGGGUGGGUGCUGAAGAUUUGAAAGGUGCCCCCUCCAUCUCAUCACCUACAAACUCUCACACAUCCUGGAGGAUGGGGGGACCCUCUUCACCGUCACCACUUGGCUGAAGGUGGUCCAGAGGCGAAACCAAGGAUUCCAGGGCACACAGCCUCGGGCAGGACUAAUGGACUGAAAAAACACAGGCUCAACAAAAUCCACUUCACAACCCAGAUGGUUCACAUCACACCCUCUUUCAGGGACCCAGAGCAGGGAGUGGAAGAGGAGGAGGAGGAACGCUCUCCUAAAGGCCACUUAUCCUAUUCCUUCAAAUUAAGACCAAAGUCCAAUGUAUUUAGGUAAAAAUAAUUUCUUUUAGAAAAUGCCAAGGUUUGUCUUCUGAAAUUUAAUAACAGAAACGAAAAAAGAACACUAGAGGUAAGGAAGUGAGACCAGAAAAUACAAACUAAAUUAUCCUUACUAGGUUGGAAUGGAUGGGGCGGAGUUCCCAUCAGGCUAGCAUUCUGGGGAAAGUGGAUUUCUUUUUAAGAGAUUCAUCAUAUCUUACCCUGUGCCCCAUUUCUCUCCUCUACCUGUCUGACCUGGCGUCCCUAUUUCGGGAGACUAGAAGUGGGGGGAAGAGAAGGGAUGACUGUUUCUUUGCAUUGACCAUUCCUGGAUGCCAUGCAAAGGAAGGAAUAUUGCGCUUUUAUGUAUCUGUUUUAUUAAGUGGUUACUCUUCCAAGGACAAAAAAAAAAAAAAAAAAGAUUGUUAUGAAACUGGUAGGAUUUGUAAGUGCAAAUACUACAUGCUGUCUUGUUUUUUUUUACCAGUUGCAUUUGCAUUUUAAGGUACUACUGGUACAGCCAUGGGGGAGAGCAGUUUGGAGGUUCCUCUAAACACUGAAAAUAGAGGUACCACAUGAUCCAGCAAUCCCACUGCUGGGUAUAUACCCCCAAAAUAGGAAAUGACUAUAUCUAAGAAAUAUCUGCACUUCCAUGUUGGUUGUACCACUGUUAACAAUAGCUAAGAUUUGGAAGCAACCUAAGUGUCCAUCAACAAAUUAAUGUAUUAAAGAAAAUGCGGUAGAUAUAUACAGUGGAGUAUUAUUCAGCCAUAAAAAAGAAUGAGAUUCAGUCAUUUGCAGCAACAUGGAAGGAAUUGGAGAUCAUUCUGUUAAGGGAAAUAAGCCAGGCACAGAAAGGCUGACAUUGCAUGUUCUCACUUACUUGUGGGAUCUAAAAAAUCAAAACAAUUGAACUCAUGGACAUAAUAGGUAAUAGGGGGUUGGGGGAGAAGGCAGGGGAUGGGUAAUGGGUACAAAAAUAGUCAGAAGGAAUGAAUAAGACAUACUAUUUGAUAGCACAACAGGGGGACUCUAGUCAAUAAUUGUACAUUUAAAAACAACUAAAAGAAAGUAAUUGGAUUAUAACACAAAGGAUACGUGCUUGAAGGGAUGCAUACCCUGCUCUCCAUGAUAUGAUGAGUUCACAUUGCGUGCCUGCAUCAAAACAUCUCACGCACCCGGUAAAUAUACAUGCCUAUUAUAUACUCACAAAAAUGUUUGAAAAUAAAAAUAAAGGAACUACUCAAGGUCAAGCCAGAGUUGAAAUGCAAAAAUACUAAUUAGAGAAUAAUGGGAAUACAACAGGAAUCUUGUUGGUAUUCUAUUUACAUUGUAAGCAGCAGUUCAAUUGUUCUGUAAAAGCAAUUUCAAUUUUAAUCACUGAACUAAAGAAAUGAGCAACUCUGACUUCCGUAAUAUAGGUUCCACCUAACCAUCUCUAACACCGCUGUCAAGGAGGACCAGUGUUAAGGUACAUUAUUAACAACCACACAAAUUUUUAUUUAAAGAAAAGAAUACUCUUAGCAGCCUAUGGUACUUUUAAAUAAAAUAUUGCCUCUCAUUCUAACUCUCACUUGUGUUGUCAUUCUAAAAGUGUGAAUUUGCUGAGGUUUAUAUUCUGGGUAUUACAUAACCAGGUUCUGUUUGGCAUAACCGUAUUUAAUGAUGCUUAGAGCUGAAUUACCUACAGAAACUUUCCCAUUUAUUUAGCAUAAAUUGGCAUAGAUAUUAAUGAGCCCAUACUUCUGUGAUAUAAUUAUUAAACCAACUUAAUGAUUCUCACAUAAGGUGUGAAUUUAUUUUACUAAUGCAUUCAUAAUCUAUGCUUUGUAGCAACAUUUUUCAAAUGUUUAAAAUGCUAAAUCUUUUCAAUUUUCCAAUCUUUUCUUGACUCUAUUAGAUACCCAUAGUGUAGUUACUGAAAAGCUGGGUAACAAAUACACCUAUUUAAAAAUGGCACUACUUUAUAAAAGCGACUAGAGAAAAGAUGGGACGAUUUCUAUAUUUAAAUGCUGCUGGCAAUUGAAUUCCUUUGUAUAUAAAUGAAAGAUACCAUUCAUUAAAAUGAAAGACUUGUUU